AUGGAGAAGGCAGCCAGAGGAACAUUCGAAAUUAACAACAACGUUAACCUGCUUAACACGGCCGAGUCCGUCUUCCUUUACGACCGCCAGGAGGAGGCUCAGCUUGACAACGACGCGCCAUGGAAGACUGACCCCCACUACUUUCAGACGGUAAAGAUUUCGGCCGUGGCUCUGAUCAAAAUGGCCAUCCACGCACGCUCUGGUGGCCAAUACGAAAUCAUGGGUGUGAUGUACGGCAAAGUGCGCGAUCGCGCCUUCUGGAUUACGGACGCUGCCGCUCUUCCAGUGCAGGGUACGGAGACCCGCGUUAACGCUGGUAACGAGGCAAGUCUCGGUCCCGCAAUGGAGUACAUGGUCCAAUUCCAGACAGCAAACGAGAGAGCGGGCAAGACCGAGCUUCUCCGUGGAUGGUACCACUCCCACCCCGGAUAUGGUUGCUGGCUGUCCGGCAUUGAUGUCAAUACCCAACUGCACAACCAGAAGUUUACCGACCCAUAUCUGGCUGUGGUGAUCGACCCCAACAGAACUGUGUCCGCCGGCAAGGUCGAGAUUGGGGCUUUCCGUACCUACCCCGAAGGAUACACUCCUCCCUCGGCUGGCAGCUCCGAGUACCAGUCUAUUCCAAUGGACAAGAUUGAGGACUUUGGCGCCCAUGCCAACGCCUAUUAUCCACUCAAGAUUGAAAUCUUCAAGACGCAGACCGAUGAAAAACUCCUUGAUCUCCUUUGGAACAAGUACUGGGUGGCGACACUUAGCCAGAGCAACAUCCUCUCUAACCGCUCGUACGGCACGUCCCAACUGAAGGACUUGAAUGCAAAGCUCGCAUCGGCUGCCAACAAGCUGAGCGAGUCUUCGGCUGACCUCAAGCUCCGCUCCCUCCCCCCCUCUAGCAAGGAAGACAAGCCGAAGAAGGGAGGUAGCCACUUUGCUGGUGUCGAGAUGGAAGCCUCGGCUCUUACGGCGCCGUCAAAGGACGGCCUCCAGAUUGCGAACGAAGCCAAGAAUGCCAUGACGGCCCAGGUUGUCAAGGACAAGCUAUUUAACCAGUCGCUGGACCGCUCCCUUGAGCCCAGUUCUGCGCUUUCUGCUGUCCAAGGCGCCUGGUCCCCAGCCUGA